AUCACAUCCAUCCAUUUGUUUUUUGUUUUCCAAUCAAAUCGAACGGAAUCUUUUUCCCCCACUUUUAAAGCCCUUCGCUUUCGACUCUAGUCCUCUCUCUAUCUCACUUUCUACUGCACUCUGUCCAAAAAAGAACACAAACAAAACCCUCCGUAUUUCUUCGAGCAAAAGCGGGUUUCCCAGCGGGUGCCGAUCUAUCAGAUCGGGACCGGUCGUUUUCCGGUUUUUUAAGAUUGUUGGAUAUUUCGAUAAUGGCCGGUGAAAAGACCAUGGAGAAUCCGAAACCUGUCACUGCUGUUUUGAAGUCUGAAGCUGUUGCCAAAUUGGCUGAGAAGGAUGUGCCUUCUGGAAAACUUGGAAUGCCUUCUGAUUCGACGUCCAUGGUAUCUCCUUCAACACAUCCUUCUUCUGGCAUGAAAGGUGAGAGUCAUCAAGAUUUUGUUGGAGAGCCUGGUGUCCAUCAACCUACUAGUGUUUACGAUUAUUACUACCCAGGAUAUAAUGGGUCAUUCACUCAAUCUGAUGAUAAGGGCUAUUUUCCUACUGAUGGUUCACAUGCAGUUGUGCAAUCGGAAAAUGGUUCCUUAGUCUAUUAUUUGCCUGGCUACAGCCCAUAUGCAACUGGGACUCUAAUGGGUGUUGAUGGACAAUGUGUUGGUCAACAACCAUAUUUUUCAUCAGGAUAUUUUCAGCCUCCUGUUUCCUAUGGAUCAGAAGCCAUUCCUUGUUACCCGUGGGAUUCGACGUAUGCUGGAGAUGUUUCAAAUGGAAACUUUGAUGGUUUUGAAAAUGUAAAGUAUGGUUCAGCAUCUGCUUUUGCAAAGUCGAAUGGUUUCAACUCUAUGAAGUCAAGUGACCUUGGUGCCAAAUUAUCGAAAUCUACUUAUACGCAGCCUAACAGACCAUUAAGCAAGGAGCCUCAUUUGGGUUCUGAUCUAUCAGCUGGAUCUUAUAAGGGAUACUACCCAGCUGGAAGAUCUCCUUCAUUUAACAACCAAAAGCAGGGUCUUUUCCAACAAAAUGGUCCUAUGAACUACAGAACAAAUGGGAGAGGAUGGAAUCAAAAUGAUAGAUAUAAGAAAUCCAACAGAGAUGUUGACUUUGAAAACUCAGCUGAACUAACCCGUGGUCCAAGGGCCUAUAAGAGAGCUGCACCUUUGGACUCUUCCUUCAAGAAGGAUGACUUGGGAGUUACUGUUUAUAAAGAUAAAUACAACCUACUAGAUUUCCAAACUGUGUAUGAAAAUGCAAAAUUCUUCGUCAUUAAGUCCUACAGUGAGGAUGAUGUCCACAAAUCCAUGAAGUACGAUGUGUGGUCGAGUACUCCCAAUGGAAAUAGGAAGUUAGAUGCAGUAUUCCAUGAAGCAGAAGCUAGAGAAAGUGACAUUGGUAUAAAAUGUCCGAUCUUCCUCUUUUUCUCGGUUAACGGAAGUGGACAGUUUGUUGGCUUAGCUGAGAUGAUUGGGAAGGUGGACUUCAAUAAAGAUAUGGAUUUCUGGCAAAUGGACAAGUGGAAUGGUUUCUUCCCUAUUAAGUGGCAUGUUAUAAAAGAUAUCCCUAACAAGGAGUUGUGCCAUAUUAUCCUUGAAAACAAUGAGAACAAACCUGUAACUCAUAGCAGGGACACUCAAGAGAUUGGUCUCAAGCAAGGCUUAGAAAUGCUGAACAUCUUUAAAAGCUACUCUGCAAAAACAUCGGUGUUAGAUGACUUUGAAUUUUAUGAAAAUCGAGGGAAGAUUCUUAAUGCAAAAAAGAAUUACAAGUCAGCAUCUCUUCAAUACAAGGAAGAUGAUCCGACCAAGCAAGCAAAAUUUGGCGAAAGGAAUGUGGAAGAAGACUUGAGGAGGGCCAAGAAAAGUGCUGAUGCAACAUCCCUCAUCAAUCUCACCAAAAAUCUCUCCCUCAAUGGCUACACGCGGAAGAGCAUCGCUGUAAAGAACCCAACACCAUAGCCAUUCAGCUUUAAUAUCUGCUAGGGGAUCUUCUGUUUUCAGUCUUCCUUUUUUCUUUUUUUAAUUCUUUUUCUAGAUUUUUUUUUAUCUGAUUCGGCUCUUUAGUUGGCAAGCAGUGAGUUUGAAUUAGCAUUUUGUUUGAGUAUGGUUCUUUUCUGAAAUAGUUUUAAUUUCUUUGCUCGUUGAAUCCUGUUCCUUAAAAUUACAGAAUAAGCUGCUCUAGUAUUUCAUUUGGCUCAACCAAAA